GAGACCUUCGCCGAUUUCCACUGUGCUCCAUCAUCAUGUGAUUUCUCUGCAAAUCCCUCUCUCUCUCCUCUGCAAUUUUUCUUUCUUUUGUAUUGAUAAUAUCAGUUGUGUCCGUUUGUUUUUGUAGAUAUUCAAAAUUUAAAUACCAAAACUUCAGAAAAAAAAAACAAGAAAAGAUAAUAGGAGAGAACCCAAAACCGAAGAUUUGUUUUCUAAUGGUUGAAAAGUUAAAUUAAUUUUCUUUUGAGUCCCAAAAAACUAAGUACCACCAACUCCCUAUCUGCAAUCACUAUACCUUACUCUCUACUUCAUUACAAAACGCAAAAGCUCCAUCUCAACCAAACUGAAAAGAAACGUUUCAUCUUCCUAAACCUCUCGUGUGAUUCACUCCUCAGCUUUCUUGGUUUUUUUUUUAAUUCAAAUUUUUUUUUUAAAACCAUUAAAUGACAGACCCACCACCAUGUCCAGGAGGGGAUUCUAUGUGAAGAUGAGAUUACUACACAAGGGGGGAAGACACCUGCAGCAGCAGGAGAAGAACCUCUGUUUCAAAUACUACAAAUGGGUCCUCUGGUUUUCUCUCACUUUUUAUUUUCUUACCUCGUAUUUCAUCACCCACAAACCAAUCCCUCCAUCUAAAACUCAUCUCCUCUCUAAUCCCAAAUCUUCUCUUGCCUCGAGAGCGCUUAUUGAGUCCACCGCCAUCCAAUCCGGUAAUACCCACACAAUCGAUCAAGGAUUGUUCAACAAUCUGAAGAUAUUCGUAUACGAAUUACCAUCCAAAUAUAACACGGAUUGGCUAUCCAACGAGCGGUGCAGCACCCAUCUGUUUGCCUCAGAGGUCGCCAUACAUAAGGCUUUGUUGACCAGCCAUGUACGUACGUUGGACCCGUACGAGGCGGACUUCUUCUUCGUUCCCGUCUACGUCUCCUGCAAUUUCAGCACCAUUAAUGGGUUCCCUGCUAUCGGCCACGCUCGUUCUCUCAUAUCUUCUUCUAUCCAACUAAUCUCUUCACAAUACGUGUUUUGGAACCGAACCAGAGGAUACGACCAUGUCUUCGUUGCUUCCCAUGAUUAUGGCGCCUGCUUUCACGCCAUGGAGGACAGAGCGAUUGCAGAUGGUAUACCGGAGUUUAUGAAGAACUCCAUUGUGUUGCAGACUUUUGGGGUGAAAUACAAGCACCCAUGUCAAGACGUUGAGAAUGUGGUCAUACCUCCUUACAUCCCGACCGAAAGCAUACGGAGAACCCUAGAGAGAGCUCCGAUCACGGGCCGGCGAGAUAUAUUGGUCUUCUUCAGGGGAAAAAUGGAGGUUAAUCCUAAGAACGUUAGUGGACGAUACUAUAGCAAGCGAGUAAGGACGGUGAUAUGGAAGAAGUUCAGCGGCGACCGAAGGUUUUACCUUCAGCGGCAUCGGUUCGCCGGUUACCAGUCAGAAAUCGUACGUUCUGUCUUUUGCUUGUGCCCUCUUGGGUGGGCCCCUUGGAGUCCCAGGCUGGUUGAAUCGGUGGCUUUCGGAUGCGUGCCGGUAAUCAUAGCGGAUGACAUCCAGCUGCCAUUCCCAUGGGCUGUGAAGUGGCCGGAGAUUUCCCUAACGGUGGCCGAGAAAGACGCGAAUAAGCUAGGGAAGAUCCUGGAACACGUUGCGGCGACCAAUUUGUCGACGAUCCAGAGAAACCUGUGGGACCCGAUAACACGAGGGGCCCUACUGUUCAACGUCGAAGUGAAAGAAGGGGAUGCCACGUGGCAGAUUCUUGAUGCGCUUUCAAAGAAGUUGGAAAGGUCGUACAGGAGGUCAAGGGUUUCCAGCAAAUAGAUGAAUGACACGUGGAUCAGUGAAGUUGGCGGGGUCUUGGGUUCCAGCUAAGGAACAUGCGCUUCCAUGAGGAAUAAUGGAGGACAGCUGGGUUAGGCUGAGAUGGAAUUGUUUUUUGGUAAGUAGAGGUGUGGUGGGCCCCAUUGAAGCUAAAGCUACAUAAAAAAAAGAGUUUUUUGUUGGGGGAUUUUAUUCCAAUUUCGACGUGUAUAUAUAUAUAUAUAUAUAUAUCCAUUGGUGUGGGCGGCGGAUAAAACUCUUGUAUUCUGUAAAUUUGUACACGUGGAAAAUAAUUUUUUUAAAAAUAUAAAAUAAAAAUAGAAUGAUGUUCAAGGAAAAAAGGAGGAUGCUUAGCG